AUGGCAGGCAGCCUAGGAACCCGCCGCCCAUGGCUCGAACGAAGACCUAGCGAGAUGGAAUCGGCUCUGAUCUCAGUGCGCGAAGACGCCCUAGCUAGCGUGCUCCCCUCCUUUGCCCCGCUAGCCUCUCACUACGAAUCCAAUACCCACGCCCUCAUCGACCAGCUGAUACAAGAGUCCCCCGAACUCCCACCGCUCACAACCUGGAACCCCCUCGACCCGAUCGAGAUCCGCAAAGUCUACGAGUGGAUCCUACGCGCCACGUCUCGCUGCUCGUAUGGCGAGGUAGAUAUGCUUCUAACUGAAGAGCUCGUUCGUGAACUCGACCGCUCUUUCUUGGAAGACGCUAGCUCCAUCUCAUCACGAGGCAUCAGUAUUGGCGGAAGGUGCGUGUAUUUCCGAAGUCAGAGAUUGUACAGGACCUUGGCGGAGAUAAGUCAUCAUACGAGGAGUAUGAGAAUUGGACAUGUCCUCGCAAGUUUCUUCUUGCAGAGAGGUGUGGAGGUGGCGAGUGCGGAUAGUUCGGAGGCGUUGGGACAGUGGUGUUUUGCUGUGUUGAGGGCUUCGAUGAGGGAGGAUGAUAAGAUUGAGUGUUUGAGGCAAGUUCUGCAGGUGAGGUCAGAUUUGCCGAGGCGAUUGUUAGGAAGGGGACGCAAAGCCGAGGAGGUUAGUGCGGUGUUGGAGAGAAUUUUGGGGUAUUCAUCGUCGCUGUCGUCGGCAGGUCGGCACGGGCUGGCUUCGUCAGCGUCUAGACUGAGGACGACGAGCCGACCGCUCGAUAUCGAUAUUGAUCUUUCGCUGCACAUCGGCAGUGGUAGGAACACACCGUUGAUGCGUGAGCGGCUGAAUCCUACGGACGACGGCAUCCGGGUGAGAGGCAUGGAGGUUGUUGAUGCAGAGCGGGAGCUCGCGAGGGAUGGGAGGAGAAUGUUGAAUCUCACGCUUGGUCGUCGUUAUGGAGAUCGAUAUGACAGACUGGGUGGAAUCGACCGAUUGGGUGGCGUCGAUAGGCUGGAGGGUGUGGGCAGACUGGAUGGACUUGGUGCUGGAGGACGACUUGGAGCAGGAUAUGAUCGACUAGGUGGGAUGGGUGCUGCAAACUCACCACUUCGACAUGUUCGUUUCGCUGAAGAUCGUAUGGGAGCCGGUCUGGGAGACGAUUACAUCUCGACAAUCUAG